AUGAUUGGAGGGGCGGUGUUAAACCCCCAUAAACCAGCCACUGAAAAGCCCUCCACAGAAACUCCCCAACGGCCAUCGCGCCUGCCCACUGCAGCGGCGGCACAACACGAUAAAAAGUACCACCAUUGCGAUUGCUACGGCCAUCCACUCGGGUUACCCAAUUAUAAGGUUCUCGCGCAACCAAGAACCAAUAAUUAUUACAACGCGACGGGUGGUUGUCCUUGCAUCCCCCGCUCCGCAGCACAUCCGGGGAGCUGGAGGAACAAGCGGGAGCAGCUUCGUUCAACUGCAAACCAUUUUCCAUUCGGAUGCACCAAAAAGCGUCCUGGUACCACGUGUUGUGUGCACGCCGGUGAGACAUAUGGUUGGCUCCCUGGUCCACACAAAGUGCUUGCGAAGAAUUGCGCUGCUUCCGGUCUAUGCGAUACAUUUGGCAAUAUGGCUUUCAAGAAACCCAUACGUUCUCAAGACAAGGACAGUGACGUGAGCAGCGUAACCACGCAAAAGUUAGCGAAACUCGAGGAGCUCAUCCUGCGCGAACACGGAGAACGGCGCAGAAUUGAAAUGGAUGUGGACGAGCUCGAAGAUAUCAAGAAGCGUGGCGCAGAGAAUGACUAUAAGGUGGACUACGAAAACGAAAAGAAACGAAAGCAAGCGAUGGCCGCUUCAGAGGGACAGCUGAAGGAACUCCUGCGUGAGGUUCGUGGUAUUGUAAACAGACCUCUUAACCAAACAAACAUUGACAUUUUGCGGGGCAUUGUUGACCGUCAAGAGCAAUUCAUGCAGCUUCGCUCCCUGAGGGCGCACGAAGACUUUCCGCCGAUUAUCCAUCCCUAA